AUGGCGGCGGGGCGAGCCGGCUCCUUCGGUUCCUCUUCCUCCUCGCCGGGGCUCGGCGCGGCCGCCGGCUUCACCGCCAGCAGUAACGCGGAGCUGCGGGCGGGGGGCGAGGAGGACGAUGGGCAGAACCUCUGGUCCUGUAUCCUCAGCGAGGUGUCCACACGCUCCAGGUCUAAACUGCCUUCGGGGAAAAACGUCCUGCUGCUGGGGGAAGAUGGUGCAGGAAAAACUAGCUUAAUAGGCAAACUGCAAGGAAUAGAGGAGUACAAGAAAGGAAGAGGAAUGGAAUACUUGUACUUAAAUGUGCAUGAUGAAGAUAGAGAUGAUCAAACAAGAUGUAAUGUGUGGAUUUUGGAUGGUGACCUGUAUCAUAAAGGUCUCCUUAAAUUUGCAAUGGAGGCUAACUCUCUAAAGGACACUCUGGUUAUGCUGGUCGUAGACAUGUCUAGGCCUUGGACUGCAUUGGAUUCCUUACAAAAGUGGGCAAGUGUUGUAAGAGAGCAUAUUGACAAAUUAAAAAUUCCUCCUGAAGAAAUGAAAGAAAUGGAACAAAAGUUGGUAAGAGAUUUCCAGGAAUAUAUAGAACCAGGAGAGGAUUUUCCAGCUUCUCCACAAAGAAGAAAUACAUCAAUGCAGGAAGACAAAGAUGACAGUGUGAUUUUGCCGUUGGGUGCAGAUACGCUAACAUGUAACUUAGGCAUUCCAGUAGUAGUAGUUUGUACAAAGUGUGAUGCCAUUAGUGUCCUGGAAAAAGAACAUGACUACAGAGAUGAACACUUUGACUUCAUUCAGUCACAUAUCCGAAGGUUUUGUUUACAAUAUGGUGCAGCACUUAUUUACACUUCAGUAAAGGAAAACAAAAAUAUCGAUUUAGUGUAUAGAUAUAUUGUCCAGAAAUUGUAUGGAUUUCCUUUCAAUGUAUCUGCUGCUGUUGUGGAAAAAGAUGCAGUAUUUAUUCCUGCAGGAUGGGAUAAUGACAAGAAGAUAGGAAUAUUACAUGAAAACUUUCAGACACUAAAAGCAGAUGACAGUUUUGAAGAUAUCAUAACAAAACCACCUGUCAGAAAGUUUGUGCAUGAAAAAGAAAUAGUAGCAGAAGAUGAUCAAGUGUUUCUUAUGAAGCAGCAGUCUCUAUUAGCGAAACAGCCACCUACUGCAGCUGGAAGGCCAGUGGAUGCCUCGCCAAGAGUUCCUGGAGGCUCCCCUAGGACACCAAACAGAUCAGUAACAUCCAACGUGGCCAGUGUCACACCCAUCCCUACUGGCUCAAAAAAAAUUGAUCCUAAUAUGAAAGCUGGAGCCACAAGCGAAGGUGUCCUAGCUAACUUCUUCAACAGUUUGCUGAGUAAAAAAACCGGUUCCCCAGGCGGUCCUGGCGUUGGCGGUGGCAGCCCUGGAGGAGGGGGCAGUGGAGGUGGUGGCAGCAAUUUACCACCAUCAGCAAAAAAGUCAGGCCAGAAGCCCGUCUUGACUGAUGUUCAGGCAGAAUUGGAUAGAAUUUCACGAAAACCUGAAAUGGUCUCUCCCACAACACCUACAUCCCCCACAGAAGGUGAAGCAUCUUGAAGACACCAAAUAAAGCAAUUUAUUCAGUUUUCUGGGAUAAUUUAAACUUGCCUCUGCCUCUUCCUUCAGUGACUGGAACUAGACAGCUGAAACACUUUUUCAGAGAAGGACAAACAGUUGAUGUCUUGAUUUCAUGUGUUGCCCAGCUUUACAAAAGGGAGCUAAUACAGAUGGAAAACUAUACCACACCAUAUAGGACUAUUGUUCACGGUGCAACUUAAAGAAUUAACUAAUUCCUGGAUUUUGUUGAAAAGUUGGUGUAAUUGUGUAAAAUGGCACAUAUGUCCACUUAAUCAUAUAAUGUUAAAGGCUGCUUAAAGAGUUGGAAAAUGAUAUGUAGCAUGGGCACUUAAUGUAUAUUGAUCUCCCAACCUAUUACAGUUGAAUUUAAUACAGGUUAAACUUUGAGGCAUAGAACUACUAGUUUUGCUGGAAGAGAGGAUAAUCAUUUGUUAUAAUUUUGUGCACCAACAAUAAACUAACCUGAACAAAAUUCAGCACUUCAUGUGGAAUAUGACAGCAAACCUGUCUGAUCUCAUUUGAGAUUUUAUACUGCAUCAAAAACUUGGGCUAAACUUUCAUUCCAGCAUAAGACUUUAAAAUAUUGGCCAAUUUGAUAACUUCAGACACUGAAUAAACUAUUUGUGUAAAGAAAAAAGCAGAGGUUAACUUAAUAAAAAAUGUACAGAUUAUCAGUAUCCAGAUUUUUUCUGUAUAUAUGGCUCAGCCUUAACAUCUCUCCCCCCCCCCCUUUUUGUUUCCCAAAUUAGUUAUGGUUUUAAAUCAGACAUUAAAACUGUGAUCAGUUAAUAAAGUAUUAUC